CCCGAGAGCGAGAGUAAGGCAGUAAUCUGGCAGCACUAGGACCCUGCGGACCAGCGCACUCUGGAGGUGUCGGAGGAGCGCACCUACUCCGCCAGACUCUUGAGCAUUUAUUUGUAUGCAAGUGUCCAUCCAGAGGGUCAGUCUGGAGAUGGCUGCGAAUCGGGUGGGGAGGCGUUAUAACAAUAAGGUCCACUCACCGAGCCGAGGUACCAGCCGAGAAGCUGGACUGAGCGUGCAGAAGAGACAAGCACGAGUCACCGUAAAAUAUAACAGAAAGGAACUCCAGAGGCGCCUGGAUGUGGAAAAGUGGAUAGAUUGUGGACUUGACGAGCUGUAUUUGGGAAGGGAAGAGGAUAUGCCAGAGGAAGUGAACAUUGAUGAGCUACUAGAUCUACAGAGUGAUGAAGAAAGGACACAGAAGCUUAAGGAUAUCCUUCAUACCUGCAGUAACAACACAGAAGUCUUUAUCACAGAAUUGGUGAAUAAACUUCAUGGUUUGCAGAAACAAGAAGAUCUCCACAACAAUGGCAUUGAACAUCCCCAGCUUCACAUCUUCCCUGACCGGGAGGGCUCUUCUGACACUGAGAGACACUGAGCACCUGCACAAACAUCUACAGCUGUUCAGUCUCCUGUGUCAAGGCAUCAGCAGCACGUGUGUAAAAUAUUGACUUCGGUUUGUAAGGUAACAAAACAAAAACCUAUAAAAAUAUUUAUGUAAAAAAAAAAAAAAAACUUGGCAUGGACCCAUUGCAAGUUGUCAUUGUGUAGCCUAUUUGUUAAUUUGGAGAACUAUUUCUACCUGAUCCCUUAAAAUGACAUUCAUUGGUAUGACCCAAUGUAGUUAGUGUUAUUCUGUAAUAUUAAAUACUUUAUUUGACUUUAAUAAAAACAGUUAAUUUAGUGAA